AUGGCACCGAAGCCUUCGUCUGAUGGGGUUGUUUAUACCUACGACCACGCGUCCAAGGAGAAAGUUCGCAAGCGUGGCGGCACCGCCAAGCACAGAGCCGUCAAACUAGGUAAAGACGCAAAGGUCUUCUCCGCCACCGUACACUUCAAUCCCACGUACGAACAACUGGACGGAGCAAUCUACGUGCCCAAGGAUUUGUACAACGGCCUACCCCCUAUUAGCCGACGACGCCGCAAUACGCGCUCUACUACGUAUCGUCAUCGGGAUAGCAGCCCUGUUCUAGAAGAGAUCAUGGUGGAGACAAGCGACAGCGAAAGCGCGACAGCGGCGGUUAGAGACAAAGACACCGCCUCCGUGCGGCGCCAACAAGAGACCUCAGAGGACGCUCCAAGUUUUACUCCUUCCGCUGCGUCAGAUGCGCCUCCCAGAGUUGUCGUGUCGUCGCCAAAAAUAAAUCAGUCAUCGCGACCGCCGUUCCCCGUAACAAGUCAGCUACCGUCAAGAGGACCUCAUGACGCAGCCAUCCUGUUGAAUCCCGACUUUGAUAAUGCGUCCAUGCUAACAACCGCCACGCCUGGUUUCGAAUUGACCGCUUGUGUUGGACAUACAUCAACAUGGCCGUCCAUUGACAAGGUAUCAAUCGACAUAGUGCGCCAAAACAACGACUUCUUUGGCUGCGGUCAACCGUCAGGCCCGGAGGCGUCAUCAACAGUACCAUCGCUUAAUCUAUUCAACUUUCAGUCUGGCAAGGCUUUGUCAAAAGGCAAUUUUGUCGACUGGCUGUUCGACCCCCAAGCAAGUUUCAGCCAUUUCGACAGUACCUCAAGCAUCCCGUUCUUGGAAGGCGGCCUAGAGUCGACGUUCAACAACAACAUCCACUACGACUACGAUUCGCUUGACAGUCGUUCACAGCUUGACCAAAUACUACCGGUUCAUGUCGAGGCUAGCGACAUGCUUAUUAGCGAACAUCGCCGCCAAGAGGUCUUGCGUUGGCUGCAGGUCUUCCGCCAGAAACAACCUAAAUUCGAACAUCGAAUCCAUGACUUGGUGCAGGAAAGUGGCGGAGAUUUGCCUGCACUGAACUUGGAUAUGAUGAGAGACUGCUUGCAGGAAUAUUGGAAAAACAUCUCACCAAGGCUACCGAUCGUACAUCAGCCAACAUUUGCGCCCAACUAUUGCCCUAUCUACUUGGUAAUGGUCAUGCUAGCCCUUGGAGCCGCAUCGCUAAGCAGUAGAGACUCGACAGGUAGCCUAGAACAAUACGGAGGCUUUUCCGAUGUCAUAAUAUCUAGUCUUCGUUGGGAAAUACUUACCGCCGAGGAGGAAGCAUCAUCGUCAGAGGGACUUUUCAUCGCCCAGUCGCUUCUGUUGCUCGAGUUCUACGAGAAGAUGUUCUCUUCCAGGCGUUUCCACGAGCGAGCCCACAAAUAUCACUCCGCUACCUUGACGCUCCUUCGCAGAGGCAGUCCCCUCAUCGGGAUAGCAGGCAGUGGAUUCCCUCCCGAAGAACAAGCUUCGGCAUCCAGGAAUAGUACUUCGCUCGACUUGAGGACAUGUUGGGUCAGAUGGGCCGAAGCCAUGUUCGGUCAUACAGCAGAUAUAGCACCACAUGAGAUACGGCUUCCGUUGCCUUGCGAUGACGGCCUCUGGACGGCUUCCACGCCUGAAAUUUUUCGCCAGCUUGAAGGAAACUAUAGAAUGUAUGGUAUCAAGCAGGUGUCCUUCCUCGAUGGCUUGAAGAGCGCUCUGCAUGGACAAGAAGUAAAGACGCACAUAUUUGGCCGCAUGAUCAUCAUGUCCGGAUUGCUUAGCGUCGGCUGGCAUCUCUCCCGCCGCGAAUUACACCUCAAAUGGCAUGACCUUCGCACAGCAAGCACGGAGACACAUGAAGGCUGGAAGAGGAUCCUUCUCCGGGCUUUCGAUCAGUGGAAGGAGAGCUUCGACAAUGCUGUUGGGGCAGAUGACACACCGGAAGCGCCGGGACAGCCCACAAGCUCAAAUGGCCCCAUCCACUCCGCCGCCGUACUCUAUCACUUGGCACACAUCAGCUUCCACGUUGACAUAGUCGACUGUCAAUUAUAUGCCGGCGUAAAGCGCCUAAUUGGGAGGAAUAUCUCCACCGGGGAUCAUUGUAGCGCUGUCGCACGAAUAAGGACUUGGUCUACCUUUCCAUCGACGCGACACGCCGUGCUACAUGCGUUCAAGCUAUUAUACCGUGUCCUUGUCGAUAAGCGAGAACCAAAGACACGGAUUAAUAGCUUUGGAUCGCUUCCCGAGCCCAUAUCCGUCUUCUACUCUUGCCGCGACGAACCUGAUCCUCACCGACCGUGGAUCAUGUACUACGCUGCGUUGACUAUCUGGUCGUUUGUCCAGGCACAAGAGGCCCCUAGUAAAAACAUGCCGCCGGGACAACACAGCGAAAUUGCUCCAUAUCUUGCCCGCUUUGCGACGCUGGAUGAGCUGAAUGACGAGUCGACAAUGAACCUUAGCGAGGGAUUGGCCGAAUUGCUAGGCUUACUGGGACGGAUUCUUGAGCAGUCACAUUCGGAGCUCUUGUUGGAAGCCAGUGACCGACUAAGGUAUUGCCGAGAGACGUUAAGAUAA